UAAUUAAUUCUAUAUUUUAUGUGCACACACUGGUUGAGGCCGCCAAUUUGCAGCAUUAUAUUUAGGAAACACAUAUUGUUCGCAGCUAUAUUGUGCAUAACAUGAAUUUCUCUGGCAAUAAAUGUUCGCCAAGUUUUCGCAGUCCCGUUGCACACCCACGACAAAGCCGGCAACUGGCUCGUUUCAAUGUGCAGGAAAGUUUGGAGCACCGUCAAAAGCGUGUAGAGGCUAGAAACUAUUUGAAAUGGGGUUUUAUAAAUAUAAUUCUACUUACAUUGAUCUCUUUCGACCUGUGGCAAACGUGCCUCUCAAUGAGAAAUAGCUUGUGGUAUCAAACGGAAUUUUCAGUUGCCAUUUGCAUCAGCCUCAGCGCCGCCGCCUGUGUCGGAAAAUACUUCUGGUGGCUCUUGCUUGACAGCGCACCACUGUGUGUAACGGAAGUGCAGCGGUGUCUACUGGAUGAAGGAAAUGAUAACACCUUUCAAAGUGUAAAGAAUCUUUCGAAGCCGCUCGCUUAUGAGCCGGAGUAUGACGAAAUGUCGGGGCCCAUUAUCAAUUGGCACUCUUCCUUUGAAGAUUCCCGUUGGAACUCGCAAUCACCACGUCGCAGUCCAAGUCCAGUGCGCAGCCCGCUUCAACAACAGCAACAGCAGCAGCAACAGUUCAACAAUCAGUCCUACAAUCGCUCCUUAGGCGCUAAUAACUCACUUAAUGCCAGCAAUGUGAGCAAUGAAUCUGUCUACAUGUCGCCCUAUGCGGAAGUUUGUCGCGAGGAUUUUCCCACUGAUGUGCGAAAGCUGCCCGCAUUGAUGCGAAGGGCAGAACGGGAGAGGGAACGUAGCUAUGCCGAAAUGGCUGAUGCAUCAACGAUGCAGAACGUAGAUUCUGCUAAUUCAUUUUGGAACUAUUGCAAUAAUGCUGCAUAUAUGCUAAAGCGCACCAUCUAUCAAUUGGCACCAGCACCUGUGCCCUCAACAGAGAACGUGCCCUCGUCCAUUGAAGAUUUUGGCAUUGUUCAAUUCAAGGAUAGCAACUCGGAAGUCAUCAAGCGCAUUUCAACAGUUAAGCUGUCACAGUAUUUAAGCAAUCUAAGAUAUUGGAUCUCUACGACCAUAUUGCAGCGCCUUGUCAAGCAGAUCGAUCAUACGAACGAAAUCUUUCGUCAGCGUGGCCUUAGCGAUUUUAAGAUUGGCGCCGUAGGCCUGGAGCGUUUGCGCAAGAUGGCAGAGAAUCAACAAUUCGUGCAGAGCUGUGCGCCCAUGUUGCCGCUGCUGCUUCCAUUUCUGGACACCUUCAACAAUCAGGAGUAUUUGGUGCAGCGCAUUAGGGAUCUGGCGCAGGGCUCUUGCAUCGGGGAAUAUCGCUGGAACUCGGGCAAUUCACACAAUGGCAAAUUAUGGGGCGACCAUUUGCCCACAGAUGCAGCAAUACUCUUUCAUUUGUUCUGCGUUUACUUUGACAGUCAAUUGAUGCCGCUGCCGCAGGGUGGCGGCCGGCCCUUCCAUUCACGCUAUGUACUCAUACGCGAAGAGAAACGCUCCACCAAAGAGAUUAUAAAUGCUGUUAAUAACAAAGCCCAUUGCGCCAUACUCGUGACGAACAAUCAGCUGAAGCCAAAGUUUAAUUUCAUCAGCGAGAAGGAACUGCACAAUUGCGCCAAUGAUCGCAACAAUUUGUUUUAUGUUAUCAUACAAUUUCUGAUUUAUAUGCGCACCCAUCAGGAAUCGGCGCUGGAAGGCGUCAAUUUGGGCAGGAGCGGCAUCAAUAUAAUGUGCGUAAUCGACGACUGAACAACUAGCUAGAUAGAGACAUUUGAACUUUUGGACUUGGCCAGUUAAUUGGAAUGGCCGACAAACUCAUCUUUAAAUUUAAAUAUAUAUAUAUAUUUGUAUAUUUAUUGUUAUACAGGCUGGACACGCCAUGGCACAGCAUAUUGAACUAUUAAAUUAUGCAUUGUAAUUAUUAAGUCAA